UUGGUACAAUACAUGAAUGAGAAUGAACUACAAAAAAAGAAAUCGUCUCUCAAGAUUUCAUAGAAAUUAAUAGUUCAACAAUUCUGUGUGAUAACAUCUGAAUCGUCAUUUAUAUUUGAACCAUUCUACUUAAAUUGAAACUAUUUGUCAGUGUUUAUACAAAAGUUAUUGUUGCCAUUAAAUCCACUAAAUCAUGUCUGACGAAGAAGGCUCUGUGCAGGUGGCCACCGACUCGCUGCUCACAACGGAAUUCAGAGAUGGACAAUUACAAAUUGUGGAAAUGUCACGCAGCAAUUAUAGACAGGGCCAGUCAACGGAAACUCAGAUCCUUCCGGAUUUGGACACGGACGAGAUCCCGGAGACCAGAUACGUGCAAGUGCUCAACUCGGACAAGUCCGUUGUUCAGCUGGACCUGCUCAAUAUGACUUUAGUCAGAUGUGAGGACGGCCCUGACACGACCUACAAGCUGGUCGCAAACGCCGACACAGGGAGCGAGGUCACCCAGGACACUGUAGCGUGUGUACUGCAGUCUAGCGAUCAGGAGGAUCCUGAAAACCAAGAAACGUUCGUGGUGAUGGACGGCCAGCAGGGCCCUCUGCUGUUCCUGCAGUCUGGUGCAGAGGACACCGUUCAGGUCAAACGGGAGGAGCUGCCCGUUAGAAAUGAAAAGCUCAGUCCUGCAGAUAUAUUAGAAAGAGCGAAAGCUUUGAAGAGAAGUGCUGAAUUAACUCAAACUACGAAUCUGUCUAAGAAACAUGGGCGGAAGAGGAAAGCGGAAUUUCCACCGCCGCACGAGUUGCUCGCUUCGCCCAAUUUCAAACUGUUCCUAUACUCGUGCAAGAUGUGUCAUUUCAAAUGUAACGCCGUCAAAGAAAUGACCGCGCACAAGGCAGAGGAGCACUCGUCGGGCGCCCGAGUUCGCGCCGGUAGGGCCGGAGCGCCGCUACAAUGCGCCAAGUGCCCGUACAAGGCGAACACACACUCACAGCUCAUGAAACAUGUGCAGGAGAGACAUCUACACAAACAGACCGACACGGUGGUAUCAAUUAGCGGUUUGGAUAGCAAGGAAGUGGACGAGGCUCAUGUGUUAGUCUGCGGAGCGUGCGGUUUCGAGUGUUCCACAAAAAUGGAGUUCAAGAAACAUAUUAAAGAUGAACACGGAGCGAAUGCCGUCAGCAUUUGAAUUGCUAAAGAGAUGAAUAAAUCGAAAUCUUUUUUUUUAGACAUUGGAAUAACAUGAUAUGUUAAAAUUUAUACAGUUUUAAGAUGGAUGGAAGUCACAGACAACAGCUUAGUGUGUCAUCAAAGUAUUUUAGCUUUCACAUAAAAAUUUUAAAUCGAAUUUGUGAUAGGAAAUUUUCGAAACCUGGAAUUUACAGCAGCAAUGCUUUUUCGGGAAUGAAAUACAUGAAGAAGAAGAAUUAUUUAUAGAAGAGUCUGUCUUCAUCAUCUUAGCUUUAGUCACGGUCACAUCCUCACCACUCUGGAGAGGAGCCCGGGGUGCGCCUUUGACCAUGGACCCUGGAUUGGGUGAGUCAGGUUUUUACACGAAGCGAUUCCCGUCUGACUUCCGCAAACUUUGGAAAUUACAUACAUACAUAUGAUCACGUCUAUAUCCCUAGAGGGGUA